UACGUUUGCCUACAUGUAUGAGUAUGAGCGCUUGCGCGGGUGUAGAACUAUGUGAACAGGUGAAGGAGUGAUCUGUUGGUUUUUAACCAGGAUUGAAAUUCAAAAUUUGAAGGAAUCUAAUGACAAACGAAACGUGAGCUGGUGUGCAGGAAAGAUACAAGGAAGUGAGAGCUGACAAGAUGUACAGUGGGAAGAAAAAUACACCAGCUUCUACAUCAGAGCUUGGUUUAACAAUGAGACUAAGCUACAAUUUAUUACCUGAUGUACAUGAUGAUGCAGUUAAUGAUGAGCUUGUUGAAGCUCUUCGGCAGUGCUUACAAGAAGUCAGCAGACAAAGACUACGCUCUAUCCUCAUCUUGUUCCGUCGUCAAGCCAAUCAGGAAAAUUGUCUAGCUCUCAAAGAUCUUGUCAGUAUACUUAAUGAGAACAAGGUUAAGUUAAGAAGUCGUACUACAAAACUUCUUCAAAUAAAGUUUAAUAAGAAGCAUGGGUUGGAUUAUGAGGCAUUGUGGAAGCUUAUGGUAGAAGCACAGUCCAGAACAGGUCGUGACAGUGUACUUGCAAUGCAUGGUAACCGAGAUGGUCAAGGCACAUCAGGUAGUCAUCUUAAUAGUGUAAUUAGUGAUGCUCAAGACAAGGAACUAUUAACUAAGCUUCAUAAGGUCUUACAGACCAGUGAUGGCUUUGAUCUACAGGAGAUUAGAGCUAAAUGUAAAACCAUCGAUGUUACACAACAUGGUCUCAUUCCUAAGAAAAAGCUUCGUUUAAUCUGCAGUGAAUAUCAUCUUCCUGUAGUUGGUCCACUGUUAUCUACUCUCAUGACCAGAUGUGAUGAUGAAAAGAAUGGAAACAUAAGCUGGCCAGAGUUCUUAUCAAUGUUAGAGAAAGCAGUCCAUUUUACCAACAAUGUUCCAACUGGCAGACCUAAAUCAGUGGCAUCAUCACAGAAAUUCACAUCUCUCUCAGCCAGUGCAAAUGAUAAUUCCAAUAGUAUGGUCAAUAAUAAGGCGAACAUGGGCAAAUCAGAACCUGUUAAGAAAGAACGAGCUCCCUUGAAGAAGCAGAAGAGUGUGACCUUUGAUUCCAAACCAGCUAUUCCUUCUGUAGACAGUGGGGUAUCUCUUACAGUGGGCCAGAGUGUUGAGAUGAUGGGGGAUGAUGAUAUGGAGAAUGAAUUCUUGCGUUCUGAACAAAGACGGAUCAGUGGUCCAUCAAGUGAUUCUAUUCCUUCAGAUCUUCAUCAAGAAACACCUCUGAAUGUUUCAGAGGAUACCAAGAUGAAGGCUACACAGGAAAAGAAAACUAAGGUUGAUCUUUCAGCAACUCUCCCAUCACCUCCUACACAUUUACCUGGUGUCACUAAGAAGCAGAGCAGACCAUCAACCAGUAGAGUGCAAUCAGCUAAACCUAAACCAACCAAUAAUAGACCAGCUAGUAGGUCAGCUGCAAGGAGUGCUAAGAAGGUCAAAGUACCAGAAGGAGUAGGAAAAGCUUCUCCAAGAGGAGCAUCUGUGUCUACUGCAAAGAGCAAGGAGAAGAUAGCGCUAGCCGAGAAGAUUUCUAGUCCAGUUAAAGAAAAUAAGUCUCAAGAAGAAGAAGGAAAAGAUGAGGCAAUUUCUUUGAAUCAGUCCAACAAUUCUGCUUCUUCUGCUGUUACUUCUGCGACAACAGUUGGCAAUGUGGGCAUCUCUGUUGAUUCAGAAAUUAUGACUAGUGAGAAGCAAGGUGAGAUCCCAGAGAAUACUGAGGAUGAUGGUGUGACUAAGGAAGAACCAGCACAGUCCAUAGAAGAUACAUCAUCUAGUUCUACCCUUCAAAAGAGUGCUUCAAGCCCCAGUAUAGCAUCCACACAAAUCAGUCAUGUCUCACAUGAUUCACAAGAUUCACAUACUUCAUCACAAGAUCAAAGUGUUGAGUCUGGAAUAGCAAGCCAGGUUUCUCAAGACUUGAGUUCACUUCAGUCCAUACCAGCCUCUGACCAGCCUCUUAUUUCAUCCAACAAGCCAGCUUCAGAUUCUCGUUCUGUCCGCUCCUUUGCUAGCAGCAUGGGGGAGGAUAAGAAGAAGAGUAUGGGAUCAUCUCUCAUGCAGUCUUUCAAAAGUCUUAUUAAGAGAGGCAAGAAAGGAGGAGAAGAAGAUGAAGAGAUGGAUGGAGGAGAAGAAGAAGAGCUACUGAUGUUAGAAGGAGAGGAUGAUUAUGAUGAUGAGAAGUUUGAUGAAUUGGACAGUGAAAUAGAAGAUAUGGGAGUACAAAGUAAGACUGAAGUGGAGAAAGAGCCUGAGGAAGAAACAGAACAAGAGGAGGCAGUUACUGAUGACCCUAAGCCUGAGAUCAAUAAAUUAGAAGUCAUAGUUCAAGGAAAGCAGAUCUCAUAUUAUAUACCAGACAAAUAUUCAAAGAUGCAGAGUCUUCCUGAUCCACCAAAUGCUGAGUUACAACUUGACUGGGUGUAUGGCUAUCGUGGGAAUGACUGUAGAGGCAAUCUUUUUGAAGUAGCUGAUGGAGGAGAGAUUCUAUACUUCAUGUCUAAUAUUGCUAUUAUGUAUAACCCAACACUUAAUACCCAAAGACAUUAUACAAAGCAUACAGCUGAGAUUCGAAGCAUGAACGUUCAUUCAGAUAACAUCACCGUGGCAACUGGGCAAGCAAAGGGACCAGCAGGGUCAGAGGUCAAGCCUAUGGUUCAUUUAUGGAAGGUGAAUACUCUGGAAACUCUGUUGGUUUUUGAAGAUGACUUUGAGAAUGCCAUCAUAUGCUUGGCCUUUUCACCUCUCCAGGACUACCUUUUGGCAGUUGAUCAGAGCAAUAAAAACACCUUAUCAGUUUGGAAUUUCAAGACAGGUGAUAAGAUGACAUCAAUUACAUUGAACACAACAGUGGUAUGUCAGGCAAGCUUUCACCCCAAGGAUUCUGGUAAGAUAAUUAGCAUUGGUAGAGAACAUCUAGUUUUCUGGGAGCUUAAAUCUGAUGGAGAGGAUGAAGCUGAGACACAUGUAGCACAGACUAUGGCAGCUAAUUUUGAGAACAACAUGAAGGCUAAAUAUAUUAUCAGUAUGUCAUUCCGUGGUAAUGGUGAUCUAAUAACUGGUGAUUCUAACGGGACUAUCUAUGUCUGGCCAUCUGGUGGUAAUACUAUCUCGCACACCAUCAACCAUGCUCAUGAGGGUCCAGUGUUCACCUUACAGAUGAUAGGUAAGACUUUGGUUUCAGGUGGUCGAGAUGGAUUCAUUAAAUGUUGGUCACUAGCAGGCAAAGGUGCAGACUCUAAUGGUAAACUUCAGAUACCUAAGCAAGAAGGCGGUAUUCGUACAGUACUUCAUACUGGAAAUAAAGUUUACAUCGGUACUACCAUCAACUCACUCUUAUCUUUUGACUUGAAGGAUAAUACAUUCAUUGUGAAUGGAGAGGAAACUACUAAUUGUGUGACACAAGCUCACUAUGAAGAGGUUCACUGUAUGUCUGUUCUAUCUGAUGACCAGUUUUUGACCGGUAGCUAUGAUGGUACAGUGUCUCUCUACAACUUCAUUGACCAUCGUCCACUCUGGAGAUACAUGGUCAAAGGGACUAAUAUCCAUUGUAUGGAUGUCCAUCUUGAUACAGGUCUGGUUGCCUUGGGAACUAAGGAUGCAAAAAUGGGUAACAGUUAUGAUAGAAGUGUCGUCAUCUUGAUGCUUGGUCAAACAACAGAGGAUGCUGAGGUGAAUCGUUUCAAGCUAGGUAAAGGAGCGGCAUGUUGCCUCAAAAUAUCACCAGAUGGUAAAAUGAUUGCUGUUGGUUGCCAAGACAAUCAAAUCCUUAUACUCCAAGCUCACAACAAAGGCAGCACUCUGGAGAUGAUUGGCAAGUUCACAGGUCACAGUGGACCAAUCACAGGGCUAGACUGGUCAAAAGACAUGACUGGAGAAGUGGAGCCUAGCUAUCUGGUUCAAAGUAGUUCAGACCAGAUAGAAUAUCUGAUAUGGAAUAGUAAGACGUAUGAAACUGUUGAGAACCUGGAGGAAGUCUAUAAUGUUGAUUGGUCAUCACAGCAAUGUCUCAUGGGGUACCCAGUAGCAGGUAUUUUUGGAAAAGAAGAAGGACUUCAACAAGCCUCAGUAGAUGUCUGUCAUGAUGAUUGUCCAUUGGUUGUUGCAGGGGGCUAUGAUGGUUAUAUUCGUCUUUACACAUAUCCUUCUACUCAUUCUGAGGCUCAGUUCAAGCAGUUUGCUGCCCAUCCUCAUUGUGCAGUGUGUGUACGGUUCACAAGGUCUUCUCAACAAUAUCUCUUAUCAGCUGGAUCCAAAGACUAUACUGUCUGCCAAUGGAAAAUUUUGUCUACCAAGGAGUGACUUUCAAUUUGCUCACCAAUUUAUUCCAGUCUUCUCUGCUCAAAGUCAGAACAUGAUGUUCCAGGGGCUAAGAGCUUUGGCCUUUUUUUUUAAUUGCUUACAAUAGGAAAAUAUGAAUAAAUUACAGGACGUAUGUUGUUUUUAUCACAUUGUAAGUCAUUGGGUGAGUAAUAACGUAGGUAGACCUGACAGACAUAAUCAUUUUUUUUUUCUUGGCUGAUGUGACAACAAAUUAAUUGUAUACAUUUAUUUUAUAGUUGCAUGGAACAAUCAAUAUUUAAAAUGAAAUUAAACAGAUGUAAUAUAUAUAGUGUUUAGAAUAUUACAUAACUCAUUACAAUACAUGACAUAUAUUGGUAAUACUCCGGGGGGGCACUUCCAUUCACGAGUGGAUACCAUGCGCGACCAUGGGGUCUUGAAAAGCAUCCUAAACAUGU